UUUGACAUAAAUAUUUUUGAUACAGUACCUGUUAUAUACAGAGAUGUAAAGUAUCCAUGUUUGCUCACCAAGCAUAUGAUAAAUUUCCUAGUAAAGCAAAUAUCAUAAGGUUUGUGAAACCAUCAUGUCUCUAACCAAAAUUCCCCAAGUUUUGUUAAAAUCCUCUUCCAACCAGUGCAGCAUGCCAGUGAUAGCACUUGGAACUGCAGCUGAUACAAACAAAAACAGUGCAGAAACCACAAAAGUAGCAGUAAUAGAAGCUAUCAAACUGGGCUACACACACUUUGAUACUGCUUCAUUCUAUGGAUCUGAAGAGGCCUUGGGAGAAGCCAUAGCUGAAGCUCUUCAACUUGGUCUAAUCAAUUCUAGAGAGGAGCUCUUCAUCACCUCUAAGCUCUGGCUCACUGACAAUUUUCCUCAUCUUGUUCUUUCUACUCUGCAGAAAUCUCUCCAGAGGCUGAAAUUACAAUAUUUGGACCUUUAUUUGAUCCACUGGCCUAUCAGUGUGAAACCUGGAGAUUGGGAAACUCCAUAUAGUGAAGAGCUAAUAACAACAUUUGACUUAAAGGGUGUGUGGACAGCAAUGGAAGAAUGCCAGAAACUAGGCCUUGCAAAAUCCAUAGGAGUCAGCAACUUCACAUGCAAGAAACUUGAAGAUCUACUCUCAUUUGCUACCAUUCCCCCUUCUGUCAAUCAAGUGGAGAUGAAUCCUGCUUGGCAUCAGAAGAAGCUAAGAGAAUUCUGUGAAGCAAAGGGUAUAAUCAUAACUGCAUUUUCUCCUCUGGGAGCCAAAGGGGCCAGUUGGGGCACCAAUGAAGUCAUGGACAGUGAAAUACUCAAGGAAAUUGCACAAGCACAUGGCCGAACUGUUGCUCAGGUAAGUCUUAGACGGUUGUAUGAACAAGGUGUGACUAUUGCGGCAAAGAGCUACAACAAAGAGAGAAUGAAGCAAAACUUGGAAAUAUUUGAUUGGUCUCUUACAAAAGAUGACCAUGAAAAGAUUAAUCAAAUCAAGCAGAUUCGUACUAACAACGGACCAGUGGUGUUCUUUGAUAACCUUUGGGACGGGGAAACUUAGGUUUCAUGUCUGAAAAAUAAUUAUCAGCACUUUCUUGAAGUCUUGAGUACACUGUAUGAUGUAAUUUCUUUCUAUUUUAUAGAUAUUAUGUUGUUUGUCCUA